AUGCGCGACCCCUUCCCGAUCCCGCCGAUUCCGGCGUUAAGCCGGGCAGUCGAGCCCCUAUCCGAGUACUUCAACAUGCAGACGCUCCCACUGCACAUCCACGAAGUCGUCGGCGCGGCACUCUUCUACACCGCCAUCCAGGUCGUCGUCUCCCCCGUGCUCUCGUCCUGGCUGUUCCCACAGCACUACCCGCGACACAACCGCGCCAAGAAGGCCAACUGGGACACCCAUGUGGUCUCGCUCGUCCAGAGCCUCAUCAUCAACGCCCUGGCGCUGUACGUCAUGUUUGCGGAUGAGGAGCGGAAUGUGAUGGAUUUUGAGCAGCGGGUGUGGGGGUAUACAGGAGCGUGUGGGUUGGUGCAGGCGCUGGCGGUGGGGUAUUUUGUGUGGGAUUUGGGGAUUACGCUGUUGAAUUUGGAUAUCUUUGGGUUUGGGCUGCUUGCUCACGCCCUCAGUGCCUUGGCGGUGUAUACCUUUGGUUUCCGCCCUUACCUCAACUACUACUCCCCCGUCUUCAUCCUCUACGAGCUCUCCACCCCCUUCCUCAACUUCCACUGGUUCUUCGACAAACUCAACAUGACCGGCUCCACCCCGCAACUCAUCAACGGCAUCCUCCUCCUCUCCACCUUCUUCCUCUGCCGUCUCGUCUGGGGCACCUACCAAUCCGCCGUCGUCUACACCGACAUGUACCACUCCAUCUUCAGCCCCCCGCCCUCCCCAGCAUACCUCACUUCUGCCUUUGCCGACCCGCUGACUGCCUCGAACCCGGAUACCAACCCGCUCUUUUUCGCCCGGGACCCGGCGACGCUGCAUGCUGCUGAGGGACCUGCGGCGCUGCAGGUGCCGAUUUGGUUGACGCUCGUGUAUCUGGUCAGUAAUCUGACGCUGAACGCGCUCAACUGGCAUUGGUUCCACAAGAUGAUUGCUGCGAUGCGCAAGAGGUUUGAGCCGGCUAAGGAUGGGAAGAAGGAGGAGCCUGUUGCUGCGGCGGUUGUGUCUGCUGCGAAGGAGAAGGCGGCUAGGGCGACGGCGGUGGAGGGAAUUACGGCGCGGCCGCGGAGGUCGAAGUCGAUUGUGGAGGACGUGGUGCCGGAUAGUGAGGAGUUGAGGGAGGGGACUAUUCAGUGA